CGCGCUAUGCUGUCCGGCGGCGGCAGCGGCGGCGGCGGCAGCGGCGGCGGCGGCGGCGGCGUCCUCAGCGUGGGCGGAGCUUUCGGCUGGCCACUGCCAGAGCUGCGCGAUGACGUCACGCUGCCCUCGCGGGACCGACGCCUGCACAAGGAUGACGCCGAGGGACAGCAGGCAGCUGUGGCCCCUGCGGCAGCGGCAGCAGCCAGCCCGCCGUGCAGCAGCGCCCCUCGCAGCGAGCAGCCGCCGCCACGGCCAGGGGCAGGGUCGGGGCGGGAGCAGCGGCUGCGGCGCGCCGUGGACCGCCUCUGGAGGCAGACGAGCCGCCUGCGCGCCGACAUCCGCCGCCUGCACUGCGAUCUCAAGACGGAGGAGCAGCGAGUCGCCGGCCUGCUGGAGGAAGCGCGGCGGGUCCGGGGGGAGCUGCUGGACGCGCGCUUCCUGGACGACCUGCUCCUGUUGCUCGACGGCCGCCUCGACUGCAUGCCCCUGCGCCACUGGCCCUUCGCGGUGGCGAACGCGGCGCGCUCUGUCGCCGGAGACGCCAACCUCGUCAUAUGACCGCCACACAGUGCCACCAUCUGUUAGCGAAAGCGACUACUGUCUCUGCGACAAUGGUGAAAAGAAAUUCGGCUCGGUUGCGUUAUCGGAUACUGUUUCGGCCUCAGUUAUUACUGUGGAAUUAUUCGUUGAAUUCCGGGUCAUUUUCGACAGUCGAGGCGGCGAAAGAAGUCGCAGAACUUCACAUAACUGUUUCCACGAGUAAAGUUUGUAUUCAAAUUAGACAUACAUCGUGAGCUUAUGCAGAAAGAACGCUAGUCGGUUGGAGAAAUAUCAGAGUUGCCUUGAAGUUUCUCCAGCUUUCAUACCAGGAUUUCUGAGAACAGUAAUUACGUUUAAAGUUCAGAACUGUCAUCAGUACAAGGAAAAGAGUGACUGCAAAACUGAUAACGCAUGGUUUUGAAUCAGACCAUAACACUGUUGGCUUUCGCAGACAAAUAAAAUAUUGAGGCUUGCUCUCUACUUCCGGUCUCAUAGUGGCACAGCCAUGACACAAGUCACGUUCUAGAAAUUUUGGGCGAACUCUGCUGCUUUUAAGUUAUCUAAAUAUAAUAGAAGAAAACUCUGUGUCUCCAUUUACUACCAGAUAUUCACUUCUCAAUUCUUUUUUUGUGCUGUUAACGAUCUGGGCUGUAUUGGACAAUGAACAUGGAUCUUCCGUCUGCGAAAACUGCUGAGCAACAGCGACGCCUACCAGGCAUGGUGUUCCGAAACAGAACUUACUUGGACACUUGCAGUCGUUGUAUAGCAACUGUUAUGCAUAGAUGACAAAUGGGAAACUAGUUUAAAUAAUUAUUCGAAUAAUUCAUAUGCAGCCUCUCAUUCGUGAAAAUAAUUUGUUACUGUGCGAAUGGCACAAGUGAAAUGUUCUCAAGUAACAUUCACAUCUUAAGAGUCCCCUCCUUUUAUUUCAACAUACUCCAUUACAAUAUUUGUAAUAGUUCAUCUAUUGUGUGCGUGUGGGGUGUGGUAUAAUGGUUGUGUUGUAGGUGGCCGCCAAGCUUAAAAUCCCCGGAUCACCAUGAGAAACCGCGGUUUCGAACCAGCGUCUCCCCAGGUCGAGAGCCACGCGACCUCGGCCACGGAGGUGGCUCAGAGUCCCCUGCUGCGGCAGCUUUUUUAUCUAGCUCUCCUAUCGCACUUUGCUUAGGCAGCAUACACGAGCUCCUGCUUCAUAGCGUGUUUGUUCACCUUAAGAACGCAGUAGAGAAGCAAUUCUGCUUGGCAUGAAUUCGACAAGUCUCACAUCGCGAUGAUACUGUGUCGACUUUAAUCGAAACUAGAAAUAUCCUUCAGUCAUCGUGGGAAUACGCAGGGGUCGUCGAUGUGGAGCGCCAUGUUUAACAUGGUGCGCUCAACAGCGUGCUCUAAAACACUUGUUCCCGCCACAAAUAACUACGUAUCCUUCUUCACACCUUGGACAAGCCUCCCCUUCCACAUUCUGUGUUUAGGCGUGGACAUCUCUAAUCUCGUCGUCUACGUGUUGUUUCACCUUCCUUCAGAUGCUCACGACAGUGGCACUCGAGCAUACGACCAGCUUCACCGUUUCCGGACUGGUCGGAGAACAAUGCCACAACAAUAUGCCGUUCGUCAGAGUACCUCAUGUCAGUGGACGUCCCCAUUUGAGGCUCCUAUUGUCGCUAGAAUGGUUCCCAAUUCUUCUCUUCUCGGCUUUCAUACUUUCCUGACCGCAUCAUGUACCCACAUGACCCCAAGCAGUAUUCAUUCUGGCGUUGGUCACAUUAUUUUGCAUUGUCAGUGUACACUGGAGGGACAAGAAACUGUUACGCCUGCCUAUUACCGUGCAGGGCCCCCCACGAGCACGCAGAAGAGUCGCAACACGACGUGGCAUGGACUCGACCAAUGUCUGAAGAAGUGCUAGAGGGAAAUGACACCAUGAAUCCUGCAGGGCUCUCCAUAAAUCUAUAAGAAUACGAUGGGG